CAAGUUCAAUUUUUUGGGAUUCCCUCCCACCCCGAUCGCAUCUCGUCCCUUUUACUUGCCAGUUGUGACUAUUUAACCCAGUUUAGCUCUCCUGCUUUUUCUGCGUUGCGCGUCGUCCCUCCGCUUCUUUUCUUUUUUCUGCUGCAGCUGUCGGACUCUUUUCUUUCUCUCUCUCGGUCUGUCUCGUGUUUUUUUGCUGGAAUGCGAGCAGUUUUGGUUUUAUUUUUGAGUCCUGAAAUCCUUCCUCCGCUGCGCUCUCAGGUCUGACGCUACCUGUCCAUGGUGCUGAAACGCGGUUUUGUUUUUCGCCAAAUGCGAAGCUGCAUCUUAAGAAAUCCUCCUCGCUUCCGGGGCUUUUGCAGGUGAGAAGUGGAUCCGGGAGAGGAAGUGAAAACUGAACGUCCUGCAGGAAGAAUCGCAUUGAUUUCAGGAGCAUCUCUCUCUUUUUUUUUUUUUUUUUUUUUUUUACCCAGACUUGUCAGAGAAGAAGAAAAUCGGACGCAUGGACGCUCGUUGUAACGCAGCUUAGCCUGGAGAUAUUUGGGGAGCUGGAAGGAGCCGGAAGGGGGGUUGAUUUGUGCAGGUUCUGGGCAGAAGGGGGUCAUUUCUCCUGGAUCAACUGAGACUAAAAACAAACCUCCCCCUCUUUUCUUCCUCCCCUAAAAUAAAACUUGUCCUGAAUACCAAAUGGUAGUUUGAGGAGGCCUCGUCCCAAAAAAAAUAAAAUAAAAAAUAAGACAAUGGAAGCGUCCGCCAAUGGCUCCAGUUUUGGCAUCGACUCGCUGCUGUCCCACAGGCCUGGAAGUCCGGUGUCCAAGGGGGACAGCCUGGUGGGGGAGUGCCGCUCGCCUCUGGAGUUCAGCCCGAGAUCAGACGUGGAGAGCGGCUGCUCGUCGCCUCCGUCGCCGCGCAGGGAGUGCGUAGACGAGGUGGCCCAGAGGCAAGGUCACGGCGUCGGGCUGCCGCCGCACCUCCAGCACGCACAGAUCUCCGCGGGGUCGCAGCAGAGGACCGUGACCUCGUCGUUCCUCAUCAGAGACAUUCUGGCGGACUGUAAGCCGCUGGCCGCCUGCGCUCCGUACUCCAGCAACGGACAGCCGACCCAGGAGGCGGGCAGGCUGGCCUCGAAGAUAGCGGACGACUUUAUGGAGAAAAUCCACAGCAACUCGUCGUCAGACAGCGAAUAUAAAGUGAAAGAGGAGGGGGACAGGGAGAUCUCCAGCAGCAGGGACAGCCCUCAGGUCCGGCUGAAGAAGCCCAGGAAGGCCCGGACGGCCUUCACGGACCACCAGCUGGCGCAGCUGGAGCGCAGCUUCGAGCGGCAGAAGUACCUGAGCGUCCAGGACCGCAUGGAGCUGGCGGCCUCCCUCAACCUGACCGACACGCAGGUCAAGACCUGGUACCAGAACCGGAGGACAAAGUGGAAGAGGCAGACCGCGGUAGGGCUGGAGCUGCUGGCCGAGGCUGGGAACUACUCGGCCCUGCAGAGGAUGUUCCCGUCCCCGUACUUCUACCCGCAGAGCCUGGUGUCCAACCUGGACCCCGGAGCGGCCCUCUACCUGUACAGAGGCCCCUCGGCGCCCCCGCCGGCGCUGCAGAGGCCGCUGGUGCCGCGGAUCCUCCUGCACGGCCUCCAGGGGGGCAGCGAGCCUCCGCCCCCGCCUCCUCUGCCCCCCAUGUCCGGCGUGCUUCCCCGGCCAGCUCAGCAGCGGUGAGCCGCCCCCCCCCACCCUGUAGAUAGUUUUGUUGGGUUUUUUUGUACGCCGAUCCUGGCAGCUUUGGGACUCGUUACAAUAAAUAAGACAGAAACAGAUUAAAAAAACGAGGAAGAAGAAGAAGGAAAAAUAAACUGUGCGGCCUUUGUUUGAAAAAGUGGCCGCUUUAGGACGAACCUGCAGCGGACGGAGCUCUGAGACUGAGUGGGAGAUUUUUUAUUUUCUUUUUUUGUCUUGGAGCUGUAUUUAUAACUUAUUUAUUUUUCACCAUGAAUCAAAGCAUCUAAGUUAGGUAUUUAUUUGAACCAAGUUUCAGUGUUUUUUCCCCGACUCCAAAUGUUGGUGGCACUUUGACCUGCAGUUAUUAUUAUUAUUAUUAUUAUUAUUAUUAUUAUUAUUGUUGUUGUUAUUAUUAUUUUUAUUAUGAGCAAAUGCGCCAUGUAUUUGGAGCAUAUUUGAAGACCCAAAGGAAAAACGAGUUAUUUUUAUUUAAUUUUAUUUGCCCUUUUUUUUGAUUUGUUUUUCUUUUACACGUAAAGAUGAUCAACAGACAUAAACUUGUAAAUAAGAAUAUUUUGCAUUUUAACUUAAAGAGACUGAUUUUAAAAAAAAACAGUUUUUUGUUUUUUUUUCCCGUUUGUUUGUGCGUCUUUUUCAGGACCACGGUGAUCCAGUUUUAACAUAAUAGGCUAGAUUAGCCAUCAGAAACUUAUACAGGCGAGUGAGUCAGUCAGAAUAAUAAUAUUAAUUAAAAAAAUAAGAAAAUGCAUUUAAAAAAAACACAUAGUUAUUGUCUGAGAAGGGAUGGACAAACCUGCCUGGACCCACAACGAGAGCUACAGAAAAUCUAUAUAAAGUCCUUUUUUUCUUGUUCUUAGUUGAAGUUUUAGCUGAGUAAAAUUGUCAAGUAAUUUAUAUAAAAACAGUUUUAUCCCUGCAGAGGAGGAGAAAUCACCUCAGUGAUGGUUCAUUUUUUGUAUUUUCGAUAAACAACCCGGGUCCACGUACAGGUGGAGGCGCCUGUUGAUUUGCUCUAGAUGUAUUUGAACAGACGUUGUGCAUUAACUUAUGUUAUUUCAUAUGAAGCAGUGAUAACCCUUAAUUGUUAUACUCUCCUUUGGUGAAAAUGUAUAUUGCAGAUAUCAAACUUGUGGAGUGGUUCUCGUAAUAUUUCCUGGAUCAUUUUUUAAAAGAUUAUUUUCAUUUUAUUUCGUUCCUCUAGCUUUCUCCCCCCCUCAAAAAAUUGCCCUUUUACCCCAUUUUGUGAUUUUUUUUGGCAAAAAGUUGGAAAGAAAAAAGGGGGGAUUUGAUGUAAAAGAGAAUUACUUUUAUAAAUGUGGAAAUAAAAGUCUUUCAUUUUAAA